AUGUCCACCCGUCGAGCCGCAAAGCGGAAGCGGAGACUCGUAGUCCUCUCGUCAGAGGAUGAGGGGGAUAGCAAUGAGACUGAAGCGACUAGGAAAACGGAAAGCGAAACCGAAGGUGCGGAUGAGAAGGGAUAUGUGGAGUCAAAGAAUCCCACGAGCUCGGAAAGAGAACCACCCCGCGGGACAAAGAGGAAGAAUACACCCAUAUUGAAUGGUGUUGCUGUAAUUCCAUUGACGACAAGGGUGCCUAUGGCUACAACUACAGCGACCGUUAUGGCUCCGUCGCGUACAACUAUUCUUCCAACACGGCCGUCUCAAAAGCCAAGACAGAAACAAACACAGACGCAGCUGCCAUGUUCUCCCCAGCAACGACGACGGACUCAGACACGCUCAAUGCAGAUGACACCCGGCUCACCUCCUGAGAAGAAGAGAAGGAGGAAGGUAGUUAAUAGGCAGUCAGAGUCGCCCUCGAAAUCGUUGCAUUCGUUCUUUGCGAGGGCGACGGAUGAGGAGAGAUGGAGUAGGAAGCUGGAGAAGGAUUAUCCGAACGUCGAGGUGAGAAAGAGUUUUAAAGAGGAAAUGGAUAUGGUGGAUGAGAUUGAAGAAGAAGAAGAAGAAGAAGCGGAGGAGGAGGAGAUCAAGGACGACUUUAUUGGAGAUGAUUCGUAUGAGGAAAUAUUUACUAGCCAAAUUCUUGGUGGUGGAUAUGGUGGCGGGAAUUCGGUGCAGGCCCAAGAGUUUAAUAAUACGAGCUCUCAGCUAGAUCGGAGGAAAGAAAAGGGAAUAAAGAGUGAGCAUCAGGGAGCUGCGACGAAAUCCCUGAAGAGACCUGCAAAGAUGUUUUUACUGUCGCCUGAGAGCUUGCCUGCUGGGCUGGGUCCUGGAAACAUUGGCGGUCAGGAACCUGGGCGGACUCGAGAAUUACGGUCAUCUGAUACGUUGCCUCCGCGAGGAAUACGGCCUUGGGCGGAAGAAUAUGCGCCAGUUAAUCUUGAUGAGCUGGUGGUUAAUAAGAGGAAGGUCGGGGAAGUUCAGAAGUGGUUAAUGGAUGCGUUUACUGGGAGGAGCAAACGAAGAGUUCUUGUUCUCAGGGGCCCAGCUGGCAGCGGGAAGUCAACUACGAUAUCGCUACUAUCUAAGGCCAUUGGAUUCGAAAUCCUAGAGUGGAAGAACCCAUUGGGAUCCGAGCUUUUAUCUCAACAAUAUGCAUCCAUGGGCGCUCAGUUCGAGGACUUUCUCGGGCGAGGAGAUAAGUUUGGAAGUCUUACUCUGUCCGCCGGCGGGCAAAAUAAAGCACAAGAGCCCAUGACGAAUGGGCAAACACAUUCCUUCAAUAUAAAAGAAACAAGACGUGUGAUUCUUAUUGAGGAGUUUCCAAGCUCGUUGAGCCAAACUUCUUCAGGUCUUCGGACGUUCAGACUUGCAAUACAACGGUAUUUGGCCAUGGCGGUUCCUUCACAGUCGAUUGGCAACCGAUUAGGGUGGAAUUCUCCUUUAACCGGGCCACCCUUAAUUAUGAUUGUGUCAGAAACCAUGUUAGGCUCCGGAGGCAUAUCAGCUGAUAGUUUUACUGUCCAUAGAUUAUUGGGCCCCGAACUUUCAAACCAUCCCGGCACUAGCAUCAUUGACUUUAACAAGAUAGCACCUACUUUUAUGACCAAAGCGCUCGACUUGGUCCUGAAAAAGGAAGCGCGUCGAUCCAAGAGAAAGCGAAUUCCUGGACCCGUAAUUUUGAAGGCUUUUGCAGAAAUGGGAGAUGUGAGGAGUGCUAUAUCUGGAUUGGAGUUCAUAUGUCUUCGUGGUGAUGAAAACGGAGGGUGGAGCGGGACUGUCGCUGGCCGGAUGAAAAAAUCUGGCAAAGGUCGUGUGCCCCUAACCUCUAUGGAGAAAGAGUCGCUAGAAAUAGUUACUCAAAGGGAAGCUAGUCUCGGUAUCUUCCACGCAGUUGGUAGAGUGGUGUACAAUAAACGUGAAGAUCCUACGGUAACCCUGGGUUUCAAUGCUAAACCUCCUCAGCCUCCACAACAUCUUCAACAUCAUGCACGCCCGAAAGUAUCAGAGGUUUCGAUCGAUGAUUUGAUCAAUGAGACAGGGACAGACCUGGAAACGUUCAUUGCCGCGUUGCAUGAGAAUUAUGUACUCUCUUGCACCGGCCCGUUGUUUACUGAGUAUUUCGAAAACUGCAUUUCGAUCCUGUCAGACACGGAUAUUUUGGCGCCCGGUGGCCUAUUUCACAACCUGCAGAAAUAUCGAGGCGGAAUCGGCUCAGCCCGCUUGUCCUACCAAGGAUACGGUACCACUAUCGACAUGCUUCGUCAGGAUGAAAUUAGUUUCCAAGUUGCUGUGCGGGGAUUGCUAUUUUCAUUACCAUAUCCUGUCAGAAGACAGGCUACUGCCGGCUGUCGGACGGGCGAUGCUUACAAGAUGUUUUUCCCGACGUCGAUGCGGCUUUGGAGGCAAACUGAAGAGAUGGACGGGUUGUUGGAUUUGUGGCUACAUCGUCUCACAGAUCCUACCAUGGAUAUUUCUUCUAGAACUACCAUCCAACGACUGGAGGGUGUAGAGUCGUGGAAGAAUCGCAGUUCGAUGUCUGGUUUUUCUAUCCACGACAACAAUCAUGAGUCCUCCAGCGAUGCAUCCUCAUCCGCGGCGACCAGAGCCAUGAUCUCUCGGGAAGAAGUCCUUCUUGAACGCUUGCCGUAUUUGAGCGUCAUAUCUCGAAACCCUGCCGAAGUCCAGGAGUUGGAAAAAAUUACACAGUUCCGUGGAGGCGGCGGACAGAGUGAUGAAGAGCCUGGGGAUGUCGAUUUUGAAGACUCUACCUUUGGAGGAUGUUCCGCCAUUGAACUUUGGAGUGCAACUGCUGAUAGAACUGUCGCUUCACCGCAGAAAUGGAAGCGGGGGGUCAAGCUGGGACAGCUAUCUUUGAGCAACUCGUUUGGCCCCAAGCUUCUCCUUCCUGUUGAGGAGGAGGUUGAGAAGCUGAUCCUCAGUGAUGAUGACAUUGAAGAUGAUUGA